AUGAGCUUUGCCAUCGAGGUGCCGGGUGAAGCCAGCCCACUCAACCUCCAGGAGCUCUGUUCAAAGCUGCUCCAGGCCGGAUCGGCCGAUCACAACCAGAGGCAGUCUGCCAGUCAGCAGCUCACAGCCUGGGAGACAUACCCAGACUAUUAUGCCGGCCUCCAGACCGUCUUCCUGGACAAGUCUGUUCAGCGCGAAAUCCGCUACCUUGCAAUAAUCCUUCUCAAGAACGGCAUCGACAAAGGCUGGCGCAGCAUAUCCGCAAAAUCGUCCAUACCACCCGCCCAGAAAAACAUAAUCAGGUCGAGACUCCUGCAAGGGUCAAUAAAUGAAGAUGACAAGAACCUGGCUCUCCACAACGCCCUUGCUACCGCCAAGGUCGUCAGGAUAGAUUACCCGGCAGAAUGGCCUACAGCCAUAUCGGAUCUGGUUGGCUUUGUCAGCAACUUCAGGACCGGGAACCAGCAACAACUCAAUGGAUCUCUUUUGGUGCUGCUGCGGGCUGUCAAGGAGCUGGCUAAGGCGCGGCUGCGGAAGUCGCAGACGGCACUGCAGCAGGUUACGCCGGAACUGGUAAUGCUUCUCGGUGAGAUUUACUCGGAACAGGUGAACUUCUGGACCGCGUUCCUCGCGAAUGGUCAAGGAGGUGAGGACGAUGCAGACUAUGCCAUGGAAAACAGCCUGAUAUGUCUCAGGAUAUUACGGGUCCUCGUUACGGUGGGCUAUGAAUACCCUCACCGCGACCAACUCGUACGUGAGUUCUGGCAGAUGACCCAGACCCAGUUUGGUCAGUUCCUCGGCCAUGUCAGUCACGACUCGGCAGUGCCCGCCCCGUAUCAAGAGGUCGUCGGCAAGCAUCUGCUUCAGUUCACAAAGCUACACCUCGAGGUCUGCGAGACGUUGCCAACGGACUUUGCCUUGCUUCCCAACUCUGUAGAGCUUGUGCAUGCAUACUGGGAUCUCGUGGCCAAGUUUGCCGAGGUCUUUGACAAAUCGGGGGGCAUCCAGAUAACCUCGUCCGGGGGCGAUGGCGGCUCCAAGUCCAAAGUCGAAGGCCCUCUACUCGAAAGACUCGCCCUUAAAGGGUUGCUCAUGAUUCGAGGCUGCGUGGCCAUGAUCUGCAGGCCCCUUCAAACUUUCAAAUACAAAAGUCCAGAGGCCAAGCAGGAGCAAGAGCAUGCCAAGGAGCUCGUCAAGACCCAGUUGAUCACCGAUCAGUUUGUGACCCAGAUUGUCGAUGUGAUCAUCACAAAGUUGUUUAUAUUCCGCAAGGCUGAUCUAAACGCGUGGGAAGAAGACCCACAGGAGUGGGAGGCCCAAGAACGGGACUCUGGAGAUGCUUGGCAGUGGGAGGUCCGGCCAUGUGCCGAGAGGGUCUUCCUGGACCUGCUGAUCCAAUGGAAGGAACUGUUGGGUCCACCACUGCUCAACUACUUUCAAUCAACAGCCAAGGCCGAUGCAGAUAUUGUCACCAAAGAGGCUGUGUAUACGGCGAUGGGCUGUGCCGCGCCUACGGUGUACAAACUAUUCGACUUUGACACGUUCGUAACGUCUACUUUAGUCCAAGACGUUCAGAUACAGGGCGAGUUGGCCAAGUUGCUGCGGCGUCGGAUUGCCAUCCUGCUCAGCCAGUGGGUGCCCAUCAACAUAUCCGAUGCUACGCGCCCUGUAGUGUUUGAGAUAUACAAGCAUUUGAUGAACCCAGCAGAUGAGCACAACGACCAGGUCGUCAGGAUAACGGCGGCUAGACAAUUCAAGAAGAUUGCCGAUGACUUUGAGUUCAAGGGUGAAAUCUUUCAACCACACGCGUAUGAAAUCCUCACACGGCUUGUCAGCCUGCUGACAGAGCUGGAACAUGACGACACGAAACUUGCCAUUCUUGAGACGGUACGACUUGUCAUUGAUCGCAUGGAGACGACGGCUCGGCAAGUGGGCGAUCAGCUCAUUGAAGCUUUACCUCAGCUCUGGCAGCAAGCUGGAGAUGACGCGUAUAUGUUGAAGCAGUCCAUUCUAGCCAUCCUCACGGCCCUUGUCAACUCUGUUGGCACUGAUUCGCAAAAGUAUCAUCCGUUCAUCGUGCCGCUGAUCUCACAAGCGAUGGAUCCAACUUCAGAGAUAUCCAAAUUCCUCAUUGACGAAGCAGCAGAAGUCUGGAAGGCGACGGUUGCACAGUGUUCGCCGCCGGUAUCACCCGAGUUUAUGCAUCUCGAGCUGAAGGCAUUGCCUUUCAUAGAGUUCGACAACGUGUUGUCUCAGGAGCUCGUGCAGGUUAUUAAGACAUACAUCCUGCUCGCCCCCGAGAACAUUCUUUCCAACGAGUAUAGGCGACCAACGCUGCAGGCGUUGGCAACAGCUAUGGAGUCAAAGCAAAAAGACCAAGUGCAUCAUGCGGCCAAAGCGAUCGAUUACAUACUACGAAUUGCGCAAGAGCUCGGUGGCUCCGAGGGCUUGACGGUCUUGGUUCAGGACAUGCUAGAGAUUGGGUUCCUGAGGGUGGUUUUGGAGCGAAUACACGAGGCCUGGGAGUCCCGCCAGACAACCGGGCCGCAGCGACGCUCGCCACAGAUCAGCUCGAUCAAGGAGACGCACUACUUUAGCAUAUUGGCACGUAUUGCCCUAGGUGAACCUCGCGCGCUUGUUCAGCUGAUGACUGCCGCUGGCGACCUUCCGACGGUCUGGAAAUGGUUGGGCGAUGAAUGGUUUGGCUGCUUUGACAUGAUGGCUGAUGUGGAAAGGCAAAAGCUGUCAUGCUUGGCCCUCACAAGGCUGUGCGAGCUCGCCGCAGCAGACGGGUCAUCGCCCCUUCGAGACAUGGUGCUGGGCCGCCUACAGGAUUACUUUGCCAUGUGGACCUCUGUCAUAACGGAACUGCUGAACGAAAACGGACAGGGAGAUUCAUUGGUGUGGGAUGGCAAGCCCGAGGAGUAUGCAAACGACUGGGACACGCGGCAGGAUGUGCGUGAUCGCGCCUUCGCCUACCGUGACCAGGUGCAUACCGAGCACACUUUUCCUUUUGUGCAGAUGAUACUGCAGGGACUUGUGCAGGCUGUUGGUGGAGAAGCGACCUUUCAAGAGCAAUGGGCCGUCAACGUCGACAAGGAUGUCAUAGCAGGGUUCCAGAGUCUUUCGGCGCGUUACACUGGUUCCUGA